UCCUCUCGUGGUUGUCUUCAUAAUCAAGAUAGCUACAUUUGAAUGUAAAGGAAUGGGAAGGUGUUGACUUAACCAGAGACACUCUAGUCAACAAGAUGAAGAACAAAUCUGUGAAAAAGCAACACAACAAAACCAAAAGGGCUAAACACCAUCGAGACCCCAUCAAAACAGAGUGUGAAACACAGUCAGAUGAUGUUAACUGCAAAAGAGAAGAACCAGACAUUAGCCAAGCUCCCUCUCACAACACUAAAGGGGUUACUUCCAACUCCAUCCAAAUCAAAGAGGAACCAACAGACUUUGAAGUGCAGAGUCAUCGCUUCGAUUCUAGAGCACUCCACAAGGAUUCUGGAACCGUCAUAACCAAGACUGAAACCGAUUCCGUUUACAUUAGCCAAGGAACAGUAGAGAUAAAAACAGAGUAUGAUUCUGAUUCUGAAAUACAUAAGGUGGUGGUUAAGAGAGAAACUCAAGUGUGUUUCAUGAAGGAGGAGAAUGUGGGUGAAGAAAAUCCAGAUGAGGACACAGAUGAGGACACCGAAGACAGAAGGGAUACAGACCGCAACAGAGUCUCUUCUCCUCAGUUCUUUCCUUGCCCAUACUGCACCAUCUCCUUCACCGACCAUUCCUUCCUGGAGAAGCACAUCAAGUGGAACCACCAGAAGGAGUAUCUGGCCAUGUUGAGAAACAGUUUUUCAAAGAGCAGUGGAACAGAGACGGUACCAACACACAGCUGCCUCCACUGUAGCCUCAUGUUCCAAACCCCACGGCUGCUUAGCAUCCACACUCGCCAGAUCCACCCUUCAGCCAUUCCCCGGAAACCUGUCCGUCCCCACAGGGUUUCGAGGAAACUCUACACCUGUCCACAGUGUGCCCGCAGAUUCAGGUACCUGGGCAGUCUGCAAAACCAUUGCGAGCUUUCACACAAAAUGGCUGUUGUUAGCACCAAUGGACACCUCAGUUGUGCUGAUUGUGGGAAGAGCUUCAAGAAUUGUUGGGGACAGGGACCUCACCAGUGUCACGAACCAGAGGGCACUGAACCUCAGGACAUUAAGCCUGUGGUCUGUCUGGAAGUCGGCUUCCAUUGCUCAGAGUGUGGCAAGAUCCUCUGUAGUCCUCAGAGCCUGAACAUUCACAUGCGAAUUCACACCGGAGAGAAGCCUUAUGCCUGCAAAGAGUGUGGCAAAAGAUUUGCAGAGAGCGGCAGUUUACGCAAACACCUGCUGAUACACUCGGGGGUGAAGGCGUUCAAAUGCCAGGAAUGUGGGAAGGAUUUUGCCCGUAUGAAGGGUCUCAGGAGUCACAUGACAACUCACUCUGGCAAAAAGCAGUACUCCUGCUCCCAAUGUGACCGGCAGUUUGGAUACAAGUCUAGUCUGACCAUUCACCUACGCUCUCACACAGGGGAGAAACCCUUUCACUGCACAGUGUGCGGUAAAGACUUCUCUAUCAAGAGAAACCUGAGGCUUCACCUAAAGAUCCACAACAAUGAGAAAGGCCACCAGUGUGGGGAGUGCGGCCUGAAGGUCAUAGACAUUGGAGCGUUGAAGACACACAUGCGCUCACACACCGGCGAGAGGCCUUACCACUGCACAGUGUGCAGCAAGCAGUUCAUUCGACUGGAACACCUGAAGAACCACCAACGCACUCACACAGGUGAGAGACCAUACGUCUGUUCGGAGUGCAGCAAGAGCUUUGCUCAGUCUGGAGAUCUCACAAAACACAUACGCACCCACACUGGAGAGAAGCCGUAUGAAUGUUCUGUCUGCCACGGAUGCUAUACCUCUUCAGGGGAUCUGGGCAAACACAUGAGGAUCCACAAUGGCUCACGGCCCUUUCCCUGCAAGCAGUGUGACAAGAGCUUCCGCUUGGUCGGCCACCUUAAAACUCACAUGAGGACCCACACUGGGGAGAGACCAUACUCCUGCCCCCGCUGCCUCCGGACCUUCGCUCGCACCCACCACCUCUCCGUUCACCUGGCUCAGUGUCGCUGAUUGAUGAUAACGAUUCGCGUUUAUGUAGCACCUUUCUAAAAACGCAGUGCUUUACGCUUUAUGGGGGUAACUCACUCUUUCCACUACUCCCAAUGUGUAGCACUGACCUGGGGGGGCAGCCAUAUUGCACCAGAACACUGAGGUGGGGGGAAGGCAUUUGGCUGACCAUUACAGCGGACAAACAAGAUGAUGUAGGAAGCGUCAAUUCAAAGGUCUAAGAGCUCCAGACAUUGACACUCCAGCUAGAUUUUGGGCAGAGUUUUUAGUUUGCAUGCAGUUUCAAAUUUGUUUUCUGGACAUUACAGGGAUAGUUCACUGCAAAAUAUGAAUUAAUAUCAUUUCCCACUUACCAUGGCUGUAGGUGUAGAUGAUUCACCAAUUCAUCAAAACGUCCAAAGUGGAUUAUAGCUCAAUAAAGUGACUUAAAUGUAAUGUAGACAUCUAUCAUGUUAAGUACUAUUUUGAGUGAAUUAUCUCUUUGAUGUUUUGUACUGUAUCUAAAAUCAUGACACUAUUUUACUGAAUGUAUGAUGGCAACAAUUUUUUUCUUAUGAAGGUGAGCAGAUUGGGUCUCUGCAGUACAUACAACAUGAAACCAAUACUCUUUAUACAGCCUAUGUACUGUAUCUACAGUGAGGGAAAAAAAGUAUUUGAUCCCCUGCUGAUUUUGUACGUUUGCCCACUGACAAAGAAAUGA